ACUGUGUAGUUGGUGUUGGUCGUUUGUUACACUGUUGUUGAAACAUAUUCUUCCGCUAUGGCGUAUCAGAGCUUCAGGCAGGAAUAUAUGCAGAUUCCGGCUGUGACCAGGGCUUAUACAACGGCCUGUGUGCUCACAACUGCUGCUGUGCAACUCGAGUUCAUUACUCCUUUUCAGCUGUAUUUCAACCCUGACCUAAUAUUCCGAAAGUACCAGUUUUGGAGACUGAUUACAAACUUCCUUUUCUUUGGACCCCUUGGGUUCAGCUUUUUCUUCAACAUGAUAUUCCUAUACAGAUACUGUCGUAUGCUAGAGGAAGGCUCGUUUAGGGGAAGGACUGCUGACUUUAUUUUUAUGUUCCUUUUUGGCGGGGUCCUCAUGACUCUGUUUGGCUUCUUUGGUAGUCUGUUUUUCUUGGGUCAAGCUUUCACCAUCAUGCUGGUGUAUGUAUGGAGCCGUCGGAAUCCCUUUGUCCGGAUGAACUUCUUUGGACUUCUCAACUUUCAGGCUCCUUUCCUGCCUUGGGUACUCAUGGGCUUUUCCCUGCUUCUGGGGAAUUCUAUCAUCAUUGACUUGCUUGGAAUUGCUGUUGGCCACACAUAUUACUUCUUGGAAGAUGUGUUUCCAAACCAACCUGGUGGGAGAAAGCUGCUGUCCACGCCUGCAUUCUUGAAGGCAAUAUUUGAUGCACCAGAGGAAGAUCCCAAUUACCAGCCACUAGUUGAAGAUCACUUACCAACACCAGAGACGAGUGAAGCCAGGCAGUCAGCUGUGGCACAGGACGUUCCUACAGAAGACCAGAUAGAAGAGCCCCAAGAAGGUGACGGACAACAUCAGCAGGACCAAAAUCCACAGUAAACCAAAAGCGAAGGAUUGACCCUAUUUCACCCAACUUCUUGAACUGUGUACUACGUUCAUCUUGUGUCAAGCAAGGUGUGUGAUGCAUCAUGGAUUGCGACUAAAACUUGUUUGCACAUUGCUAAAUUCAGUAAGGCUUCAAUGGACUUCUGAAGACCAUUGCGAGGGCAAAAACAGGUCAUCUGUUGAUAGCAUGACUGUAGGCCCCCACAAGUGCAAGCAUUCCAGAAGUGCCUGUGCAGAUAGGGGGACUGGAGUGGCCUGUUCAGCUGUGGGACCCCUUGUUAGCAAGUGGCACUUGGUCUGAAUAGCAUUGCCUUCCAAAAAAAAAAAAUCUCUCCUCGGUUUAAGGCCUUUGUGCAGAUGUAGUGAUCUUGCAUAGAUACCCCUCUCCUCUGGAUGACUGUAAAGCCCAUAUUGUACAGCCGUUCCUUUGACUUAAAUCUUUGGAGUAGAGGGGGAACAAAUGAGUGUAUCUCUGUACACAGCGGGGUGAGGCAUCACUUUGUAAUGACUUUUGGAGCCUUACCAAACCAAAGUUAAGCCAUAAUGUCAAGAACGUCUUCCUGUAUGAGGCUGUUUAACCAUGUUUUCUUUCCAGACACCUCUUCUAACUUUGGAUUUUUCUUGUUGUAUCAGAAUGUAUACAUUGUGCCUGAUGUCUGCCUCCUUUUGACUAAAACAAUGUUCAACAUACGCCUGACAGGGUGGAUGCUAGACUACAUUCUCAUGGGAGACUGCAUGCAAGUGCUACAUUCAUUGCAGCAUGUAGAAUGUGAGAAGGGAAAAUGAGUACCGAGGUACUAACAGAAUGCUGUAUAGGAGUUCUCCCCCUAGACAUAAAAAGUAGCAAAAAUAAAUGCAUAUUAGAUACCUAGUUGUGGAACAUAGAGUGCUAACAAAGAAACUCCAUACCAGCAGUAUAAUAAAUUGUUUAUUUCUGUA